UUUUGAUAGCAAAAUGUCAAAUAACUUGGGAUCCCUUUGCAAAGAACCAAAAUUCUUUUUAAAAGUCACAGUGCUUAUUUUAUGCGUGCUUGAAACCUUCCUACUCUUCCACUACGGACUGGAUCGGUGCAUCCGAAGGUCUCCUUUAUACAUGUCGAUAUUUUGCGGCAAUGCUUACAUAUGCAUAAUGGGUGUGUACAUUUUGGCAUAUGUGUUCGAUAGCACGCACGAGUUUACCGAACAACUAUUUAUAAUUAUUGGAGCUAUUAUGAGCGUCAUUACGGGAAUUGUGAUAUUCCUGGAAACGGAUAGACACAGCACGUGGCUGACGUGUUCCAAACAGUCCGUAACAGCACUGGGCGUAAUUACGACAGGUUGCGGUAUUGUUAUGGUUGUAGAUUACUUAAUGCAAAGGAGAUAGCCAACUUAUAUUUUAAUGUAUUUCUUCCUAAUCCAAAAUAAAAUUAAAAACCAAUUACAACGGCACGCAUAAUUUUGAUCCUUUCGAGCCGGGAUUUUUUCGGAGUAAGCAGUACUGUACAGGAUGCGAGUGGAGUGUCAGCCGCGCCAUGUCGAUCGACAACAGAA